AUGACAUCGACACGUGCUUUCUCGAAUUCUAUCUUGAAAGCAGCUUCAAGGCGACAAUUUUCCUUGAGUAUCAGGCGAGAUGCAGACUUCACGCAUGCAGUUGUCGGCGGCGGCGUAAUCGGACUCGCAAUCGCUCGAAAGCUGCAAGAAAUAGAAGGUGCAUCGACGGUUCUGAUUGAGAAGCACAGCUCAGUGGGCACAGAGACAAGCUCAAGAAACAGCGAGGUGAUACAUGCAGGACUUUACUACGGAACCGACUCGCUUAAGACAAAACUAUGCUUGAGGGGCAAAGAGAUGUUGUAUGGUCUGUGUCAAAGAUACUCCAUUCCUCACCGAAACACUGGAAAAUGGAUUGUUGCCCAGGACUCCGCACAACACGACGCAAUCCGCAAGGUACAUGAGUUCGCCUCUAGCAUCGGCGUCCCAACCCGCUUUCUCUCUGCGAAAGAAGCAAAGGAGCGCGAGCCAGACGUCCGCGCCGAAGCAGGUGUGCUUGAAAGCUCAUCAACGGGAAUCGUGGACUCUCACAGCUUGAUGCAGUUUCUGGAAGGCGAUUUUGAAAACAAAGAUGGCGUGUGCGCAUUCCAGAGCCAAGUCGUCCGAGUCGAGCCUAUCAAUGCCGGACGCGGAGGUUGGGAAAUCACGACCAGUAGUCCUGACGGCGAGGAAACAACAGUUACAGCGGAAACCCUCAUCAACUCUGCCGGACUCUACGCCGUCUCGAUUUCUAAUAUGAUCUUGCCCUCUGAUCGACAGCGGAAAGCCUUCUACGCAAAAGGAAGCUACUUCAGCUACUCUUCCUCACGCCCAAAACCCUCCACCUUGAUCUAUCCCGCUCCUGUUCCCGGUCAUGGCGGUCUCGGCACGCAUCUGACGCUCGAUAUGGGCGGGAGAGUGCGCUUUGGGCCGGACGUCGAGUGGACCGAUUCGCCCACGGAUUACACGCCCAACUCGAAGAAUCUCAAAGCUGCAAUUGACGAUAUCCAAACUUAUCUUCCAGGGGUCGAUAGAGAUGCGAUUGCACCAGAUUAUGUUGGUAUACGACCGAAAUUGGGACGCCUGGCGGCAACAAGUGGUAAAGACUUCCAGGAUUUUUACAUCGCAAGAGAAGAGGGAUUUCAGGGGUUUAUCAAUUUGCUAGCCAUGGAGAGUCCUGGGCUGACGAGCAGUCUGGCGAUUGCAGAGGAGGUGGAGGCAUUGUUAUAUAAGUAG